UUUUGUUUUGCGUCGCUCCCUUUCAGGUCGACGUCGAUUUCUUGCUUGACUCUCUUUGACUUUUGACUUUUCGGUUUUGCUUUUUGUGCUGUAAACUUUCACGUUUCUCCUUGUGCGAUUGUUGUUGUUGUUGUUGUAGCUCACAAACAAAAAGAAAGACGCAGUAGAAGACAACAGAAGUGACUGCAGCGAUGUCGGGCAGACCCAACGGGAGUCCGCCUCCCUACGAGUCGGACGGCUACAACGAGCCUCCCCAGCCGGCGUACUCGUACUACCCGGACGACGAGUUCCAGCACUUCUACAGCUGGACGUCCCCGCCGGGCGUGCUGAAGAUCAUGGCCAUCCUGGUGGUGGUCAUGUGCGUGGCCAUCUUCGCCUGCGUGGCCUCCACCCUGGCGUGGGACUCCCAGGGGGCGCUGUCGGGCUUCGGCGGCGUCGGCGGGGGCUCGUACGGGAGCUACCCGGGAGGCGGCGGCUACGGCUCCUUCGGCGGCGGCGCCUACGGGCCCGGCAACAACUACGGCUACGGCGGGCUCGGCGGGAACUACAACGACCCCCGCUCGGCCAAAGGCUUCAUUAUCGCCAUGGCGGCCCUGGCCUUCAUCUUCGCGCUGGCCGUCUUCGUGGUCAUCGUGUCUCACCGGAGCGUCUCGGAGAGCCGCAAGUUCUACCUGGCCGUCGUCGUCCUGUGCGCCGUUUUGGCUCUGCUGAUGCUGAUCGCCGCCAUCGUGUACCUGAUGGCCGUCAACCCCGCGGCGCAGUCGCAAGGCUCCGCUUACGGCAGCCAGAUCACCGGCCUGUGCGCUCAGUACCAGCAGCCCCAGGCGCCGGGCGUCUUUGUCAACCAGUACCUGUACCACUACUGCGUGGUGGAGCCGCAGGAGGCCAUCGCGGUGGUGUUCGGCUUUUUGGCGGCGGCCGCCCUCAUCAUCAUGCUGGUGUUUGCGCUCAAGACGCGCAAGAAGAUCAUCAAGUACGGCAAGAGCAACAUCCUGUGGAAGCGCGUCAAGGUGCUGGAGGACGGAGAGCCCCCGCAGGACGUCGAAGCCUGGGUCAACAACGUGUCGGUGCCGCUCCAGGAGCUCCCCGUGGCCGACUUCCCGGAGAAGCCGAGGAGUUGGGCGAGUCGCCCGGACGACGAGAGCGCCGACGACAGCAAACCUCGCUACGGCUACACGCCACCGCCGGUGGAGGAGGAGCGGCCCGCGGGUAACGGCGUUCCUUACGGCGCCGACUCGGACGUUCCGAGCUCGGCCGGGAGACCCGACGGGAGGCGCCGGGACCCCGAGGCCGACUACGCUUCUUCGGGAGACGAGCUGGACGACGACGAUGCCGACUUCUACAGCGAGUUCCCGCCCGUCGCCGACGAGCGCGAGCGAAACGAGUACAAGCGAGAGUUCGACCGCAACCGCCGCGAGUACAAAGAGCUCCAGGCCGAGCUGGACGCCGUCAACAAGAAACUCGGCGACGUCGACCGACAGCUGGACGAGCUGCGGGAGGGAAGCCCGCAGUACCUGGACGCUCUGGACGAGUACAAAAGGAUCAAGAACGUGAAACAGUCGGCGGAUUAUCGCGCCAGGAAGAGGCGGAGCAAAUACCUGAAGGCCAAACUCAACCACAUCAAGAAGAUGGUCAGCGACUACGACCGCAGAGCCUGAGACGUCGCGGCGCGCUCACGGCGGCGUCGUCGUCGUCGUCUUCAGCCGCGACGGGCGGUCAAACGCGAUCGGAACCCUGACGGCCGAAUUCAAACUCUUUUUAGCAAACGCCAUCAAAAGAGCUCAGUCGUACUACUUUUAACAAAGAACUUCGUGCAUUCACGCAACCGAGUCGCGUACUUUGACGGUGGUUUGUGUUACUUUUUUUUUUUUAGGAGACUCAAACGUCCACACGAUGUACUUUUAUCUACUGAUCUUUUUUUUAAUUUUUUUUUUACUGCAGUUUAGCCACCAGGUGGAAGCAUCGAGCAGUAUUUUAUUGUGGAUGGGAUUGUUAUUUGUUAUUUCACCAAAUGUUGCAUUAUUUGAGUUAUUACAUGUUUGAAAAAUGUUGUAAACGUGAUGAUAAAUGCAUGCAAAUAUAUGAACUUCUAUUACUUUCAAAAUUGUUGUAGUUUUAUUCAACUUUAUCAUUUUAAUAAUGUCUCCCGUUUCCACUGAGCCUUCAAUAAAUGAGCAUGAUGAACUUCG